ACAACCUCGAAUUCUUUUAAUUUCCCAAUUAGGUUACCCCUACCCAAUCCAAAUCCAAAUCCAAAUCCAAUCAUUGUUCCAUGGAAGAAGCUCUGUGGAGUUUCGAAGACCGCCUGAACCUCUCCACAGGCGAGGCCGCGGCGGCGCUGCUAAUAUCCGCCGCCUGCGUCCUCUGCAUUGCCGCCUGCCUGUUGAGAAGAAGAGGUCAAAGUAGAGGGUGCAGUGUUCAUCAGGCGCCGCCUACGCCUCCGCCGCCGUCGAGGCUGGCGGCAACGGGGCGGUGGAGCGGAGCUAAUAAGUGGGACGGCCAUGACGCUUUGUUGUUGGAGGAGAAUGAUGGCGGCGGCAGCCAAGGAAGGAGCCAUAGCUCGAGCUCGGCCGUGUGGCAACGGCCGAUACUUAUGGGCGAGAAGUGCGAGUUGCCGAGGUUUAGUGGCCUCAUUUUAUACGAUCCCACGGGAUCGCCCAUCCUAGAUGAACUGCAUUGCGAUGCUCAGGAGCCAUCGUCACCUCCAAUAGGGAAAACUACACUCAAGGACCUCUUGCUAUGAUCAUCC